UGAUUGGUUAUUUAUUUCUCAGAACGUCACGACCUGUCCCAGAUUCAUCUCCUCCUUUCUCAACCUUGGGCUUCAAUAUCUCCCUCCUUCGAGCAUGCUUUCCAGUCGCGUUCAAGCCACAGGGGACGAACUCUCCUCCUCGCCGACAUUAUCUCUUUCUACAGCGCCCAACUCCUCCGUCGAUUGAAAUAGUCGGAUUAGAUUCCUCCACAAUCUACCCACCGGCAGAGGGAGGGAGAGAGAGAGAGAGAGAGAGAGAGCGCUUUAUUCCGUGUUUUCAUAGGAUUUUUCCAAGCAUCUAAUCCGGGGUCCAAUCCACAAAUAAAAUUAGAAAAAGAAAAGACAACAUCUUUCUUCUCUCUCCAAUCAGCUUCCUAAAGGUAAACCAAACAUUUUCUGAUCUAUCAUUGAUUUCUCCCUCCGUUACUUCCGAGAUAGUUAUACCGAAACGUGCAAGCCAAGAUGAGACUGUAGCCGACUCCGACUCCGCGGCGACUGUACCUAGCAAAAUUGCAGAUCUAUUUAGGUUCUUGCGCGCUAACGUGCGCCAACUUCCAUCACUUCUGUCCGCCAUGGCCGCACGAGACGACCACCAUAACCACGUAAAGAAAAUCCCUCUCUUCCCUCUCCUCUCUCUUCUCUGCUUCGCUUCCAUCUUCCUCGUCCUGUCUCUCUCCAGGAAAACCUCCUCCAAUCCUUUAAUCUCCCACCAGAGCUUCCAAUUCGGAGAAAACCCUGUAACCGACCCGAAUGUGGCACUGAGUGGAACCUGCGACUACUCGGACGGGGUGUGGAUCUACGACCACGAGCCGAGGCCGGCGAGGUAUGAUGGCUCGUGCAAGGAGAUAUUCAAGGGCUGGAAUUGCAUUUCCAACAACAAAUCCAACGGUUGGGAACUCACCAAGUGGCGGUGGAAGCCCCGUCUCUGUGAUCUCCCGCUGUUCGAUCCCGUUUACUUUCUUGAUAAGUACAGGAACACCAACAUCGGGUUUGUUGGGGAUUCCUUAAAUAGAAACAUGUUCGUUUCUCUGUUUUGCACUCUGAAACGUGUUUCCAGUGAAGUGAAGAAGUGGCGGCCAGCUGGUGCUGAUCGAGGAUUUACUUUUCUUAACUAUAAUCUUACCAUCGCAUAUCACCGCACAAAUCUUUUGGCUAGCUACGGUAGGUGGUCAGCUAAUGCUAAUGGUGGUAUGUUGGAAUCUCUUGGAUUUAAAGAGGGUUUUAGAGUCGAUGUUGAUGUUCCUGAAGGCACGUGGGCAGGGGCACCAGCCUUCCAUGAUAUUCUAAUUUUUAACACAGGACACUGGUGGUGGGCUCCUUCAAAAUUUGACCCUGUGAAGUCACCCAUGCUUUUCUUCAAGAAGGGUCACCCUGUCAUACCUCCAAUACCACCUGAUGUUGGCCUGGAUAUGGUUUUAAAGCACAUGGUCCUAUUCAUAGAGAAAAAUUUGCGACCGGGUGCUAUCAAAUUCUUUCGUACACAAUCACCUAGACAUUUUGAGGGAGGUGACUGGAACCAAGGUGGUACUUGUCAGCGGCUGCAGCCUUUGUCGCCAGAGCAGGUUGAAGGACUCUUCUCUCUCAAGAAUAAUGGAACAAAUGUGGAGGCACGUCUAGUGAAUCGCCACCUAAUGAAAGCCCUUAAAAGGUCUGGUUUCCAUAUUUUAGACAUAACACACAUGAGUGAGAUUAGAGCAGAUGCCCAUCCAUCCACAUCUGGCGGAAAAAAACAUGAUGAUUGUAUGCACUGGUGCUUACCAGGAGUUACUGAUACUUGGAAUGACCUGUUCGUGAAGCAUCUAAACAAUAUUAAGUUUAGAGAUUGAUAUGUUAAUUUUAUUCAUUUUGAGUUUGCAUUCUCUCUUGGUUAUGCACUAUUUUUUGUACAAAUAUAGAAUUCCUUAGGAAUGGAUGUGUUUGUUACUGUGUUUCGGUGGUAUCCUUUUUAGUUCAGGAAAAAAAAUGCAAAACCCCUACUUGUAACAAUUUUGGUCUGGUUUUUGUGGAGAAAAUUUUCCUGAUUGUUUUUUCCCCAA